UUUCAGACACUACUUGCUCGCAAGGGUGGAAUAAUGGCCUCAGUUUACUCAGUUCAUCAACAAGACGGGACACUGACCCUUGACCUCUCUCUGCAGAUCAAUAAGAAGCUUCAGGCAGUGUUGGAAGAUACUUUGCUCAAGAAUAUAACUCUCAAGGUGCGGAUGCUACUUUCUUAAUAUUCCAUGAUACAAUUAUGACAUUGCCUUCCAAACAUUAUACUUCUUUAGGUACCGGUAGUCAUUUUCGUUGAAAGCAAUCCUGUUUUAUUUUCAUUUUGUUUGUUUUUGUUUUUUGUUGUGUUUUUUUUUUGUUGUGUGAAAAAAUGAAAUUAAACAUUUGGAAAUGUUUGCGUUCUGCCCCACCAGAGGGAUCGAAAUCUUGAUUCCAAAGCAGCUUUAAUACAUUGUUUAUAAAUCAUCGUGUGGCCGCCCACUUAGCUUUUCUUCUUAAGUCUUAGCGGAAACAGACUAACAUAAUCAGAGAUGCAUUGAACAUUAUUUGAACUCAGUUCUUGAAUUUAAAAAAAAAAUGAUUGUCAUUAUAAAAAUAGCAAUAUUAAGACAAAAACAUCACUGAAGUAAAAGGAUAACAUUUCUGUGAUAAAAAUGAUAGCGGCUGGCAAACCGUCUUUCUUUAAGAUUUUUUUAAAAAAAUUUGAAACUUUAUUAUAACUAUAAAAGCUUUGAAGAAGAACUGCGCACUAAACAUCUCCUUUGGACUUUUGUGUUUUAAGUUGGAGGCAUUGUCAUAACAAUAAAUUAUUUUGUUCAGGUUGCCCCAAUUAAAGUAAGGUUGAAAUUUAGAGCUCUUCAGUUUAUCUUGACCCUACAACUUACAAAGUUUUAAAAUGCUGAUAAAUUUUAUAGAGAAAAUCUCGUGUAGAAGGAGUUUCAGUAUUGGAAUUUCAAACGUUUCAAUUAAUUGUAAAACUUUUUCAAAUUGUUUUGUGUAACAUGUGUAUUUUUGUGCAUAUGAAAUAACUAGUUCAUCAACAGUUAUAGUUGCCCUUGGACAGCCAUGAUUUUUACGAUGUUGUCCUAAGCUUAUGCUAGGUAAUCAUUUUGCUUAAGUAUUAUUUAUAGGAAGGAACAUCCUUGCAAGGAAAUUGCAAAAAUCAUGAAACAUUUUCAACAAUUUCAUUAUAUGCUCUUCAGGAAAACCUUGACACAUUAGGCGAAGAGAUUGCAAGACUCUCACAGGAGAACAGGAGAUUGCAACUUCAUUUACAAGAGAUUGAACGUCGCACACAGCUGGUAGCAGCUUGAGGACAGACAUUUAGACUUGAAGGUUCAUGGUUAGCAAAUGCUUUGCAUCAUUGGUGGUAAACAAAUCAAGACCAGCUCAUCUCAUGAAAUUUAAAAUUUCUUAUGAAUGAUGAAAAAAUGGCUCUCGAGAAUCCUUAUUAAUGGUAUCUUGACUGGCAAAAACGGACUUCAUCACCGGCAAAGAUUUACCGCUUCACUGGCAAAGAUUGUGAGGUGAUGUAAAAACAUGGAAUUCCAUGCCAAUCAACUGCCUCUUGUGAUAUGAAUAUUUGUGUACAUGUUCAUUCAAAACUUAAAUAAUGCAGUCUCAUUUAAUAACAAAAAUUAAAUUGAAAGUGAUUUGAUCAAUAAAAUACAUACCUAAAUAAUUAGAAGAGUCUUUCAUCAGGUUUUUUAUUUCAAUUACUUGAUUGACUUUUUAUCAAAAAUCUCUUUUGUCAAAGUAGUAAUUGUUUAUUUUUGUAUGUGCAGUUUUCUUUCUUUCCACUAUGAAAUUAAAUUAUUUUUGACAUGCAAUUUAUAUAGUAACUAUGAAUGGAGUGGAUAUAAAACAAAGACAUACAGGAGUUAUGCAAAUUGAAGCUGGGAUCGGG